AUGGACAGAAGACUCAACAUCACUCCUGAAGCCUUCAGUCAGUUGUUGAAGGAACAUAAUAUGAGCAGGAUGGAGUUCAUUGCAGCUUAUGGUCUUAAACCCUUAGUUUAUAUACCAGAGCUGCCUCACAAUGCCAAGGUGGUCUUUCUGAUCCUGUACGUUAUCAUCUUUGUCCUGGCACUGUUUGGCAACAGUCUUGUGGUCUAUAUUAUCAUCAGGAAGAAGGCAAUGAGGACAGCUACAAACAUCUUUAUCUGUUCCCUGGCAUGCAGUGACUUGUUGGUAACUUUCUUUUGCAUCCCUUUCACUUUGCUGCAGAACAUCUCAUCUGAAUGGCUGGGAGGACCAUUUGUCUGUAAGAUGGUUCCAUUUAUUCAAACCACAGCAGUGGUGGCCAGCACUUUAACCAUGACGUGUAUCGCAGUAGAGAGGUAUCAAGGCAUUGUCCAUCCACUAAAAAUGAAGAGACAGUACACCAACAGGAGGGCCUACAAGAUGCUUGGGUUUGUAUGGAUGAUUGCUAUUGUUGUAGGAUCUCCAAUGCUACAUGUACAGACCUUAGAGGUGAAAUACGACUUGCUCUACAACUUGUACCACGUAUGUUGCCUUGAGUCGUGGAGUGAUGCUGCCCUGCGUAGAGCUUAUGCCAUAUUUAUCCUUGUGGCCCUGUUCUUAGUACCCCUCGCAGCCAUGCUUCUUCUGUAUACCCGUAUCGGGUACGAGCUAUGGAUUAAAAAGCGCAUUGGAGACUGUUCUGUGCUGAAUACUUUAAGCCGUAAUGAGAUGGCAAAAAUCACCAGGAAAAAGAAACGAGCUGUAAUGAUGAUGGUGAUCGUGGUCCUUUUCUUCACUGCCUGUUGGGCGCCAUUCCAUGUGGUCCACAUCCUUUUUGAAUACAAUGACCUGGAAGAAGAGUAUGAUGAUGUCACAGUGAAAAUGAUAGUGGCCAUCGUUCAAGCUGUUGGAUUUUUUAACUCUUUUAAUAACCCUGUAGUUUAUACCUUCAUGAAUGAAAACUUCAAGAAGAGCUUAGUGGCCGUGCUUGUCUGCCAUUUUCGAGCACAAGAGCCAACUGAAAAGAGGGAUAGUCUGCUAGAGAAGCCUAAAGUUGGAGCAUCUGCUUUCUCGCAUAGAAGGGAUGGACAAAGUGCCCACAGUCACUUGAGUGCGGAGAACCUAGAACUCCGGCUGUGUGAACAGUUCCCAGCUGCCAAACUAGAAUCUGUCACUUACCCUUUGGUGAAUUCUCACAAGGACCUCCAUCCAAACGGACAGUCAGCUUAA